ACCAGCCACCCGUUGCCAGUGCCGGUGGAGAUCAGCUGCUGACCAUGCCUGUGUCUCUGGUCAAGCUGGACGGCUCAGGGUCCAAGGAUGACCGAGCCAUUGCCUCGUACUUGUGGGAGAAAAGUGAAGAUAGUCUGGCUGCUGGGAAAAUCCUGAAUGGCUCUGACCACAUGCCAGUGUUACUGAUGACUGACAUGGUGCCAGGUCACUACAUGUUCACACUGACCGUUACUGACCAGGACGGCCUCAGCAGCAAGGACGCGGCCUCUGUGAUAAUAAAAGAAGAUGAAAAUUCUAAGAACCUGUUACAGAUGUACCUGGAUGUAGAUAUUGCUGUCUUUAAGGAGAAAAAUAAGCAAAACCUUGCCAAUCAGCUUGCCUUGCUGCUGCAGAAGACGCUGCCAGGGGGCGACACCACUGUGGAUAUUAGAAAUAUAGAGCAAGAUAUGAGGACGGGACAAGUAAUUGUGACAUUUCUGGUGAGGUCAGAGUUCAAGGACACUCAUUUGACCCACGCGGGGACGAAGAUUGUCAAAAUUCUCAAGCAGAGGCUCAAGUCAGAUGCGGAUGUAUUAGAGUUUGAAGUGGUGCAAUUAGAUACUCUAGUGUGCCAGAACAACUGUUCAGGACACGGGAGGUGUGACUCCUACACCAAGCAGUGUGUCUGUGAUGCUUUCUGGAUGGAGAAUUUCUUCAAAGCCGCACUGGAAAAAGAUUAUAAUUGUGAUUGGAGUAUACUAUAUGUAGUGAUAGUGAUAUUUGUGAUAGUCAUCACUCUAGCAGCCAUAAUAUGGGGAGUUUACUACUGUGCAAAAAGAUGUAAGACGCGGCCGAGGAAAAGGCACCGUUAUCAACUAUUGUCAGACUCUCUUCAGAAAGAUGAUAUGGAGAUGCUGCCAAAAGGCAAAAUGGUGAACGGCAAUAUCAUGGCGUCAGAGUCCGAGCUUAGCAGUGGAGAGGAGACAUUAUUUGUUAACCAGAAAAAACAGAACGGACAUGUCAGGAAACCAAUGAAUGGACUGAUUACAAGACAGACAAAUAAAAAUAUUGCUUAAGGGAGGGAAAAAGAAUACCAGAUGAAGACAAGAACACUGUAUAUUUCAGUAAGGAUGUGGCACAAGGCAGAAGAAUUAUAAUAUGAUUGCUCAGCCAUUCCACUGUAUAAAGAGAAACCCUUGGGAAUUUCUCAAAUAGAAAGGGAAAUGCAUUCAAAAGACUCAUAAGUGAUUAUACAUACAAAUGAUUUCAUGACAUGAAGAUGGUAUAAAACAAACACAAAAGAAAAAUAUAAAUGGAGCAGAAGAAAUUAUCCAGACAAAUAAGCACAUGCCAAAAGUAUUCUUUCAAAAGGAAACAUGGCGGAAUGAAACGGCAUGGAGCAGAAGCAGUUAUACAAACAAAUAAGUACAUAACAAAGAAAACUUGGUAGAUGUAUGCACAGGAAGAGUAAUUACAGCCUUAUAUGCAUAGACUGUUGCCAAGAAUUGUGCAGGCGAUUGCAUCAGUGAUGACAGAAAUAUGAGUAUAGUGUCAUCAUGGUGUCCAAUCAGUGUAAUGUUGCCCAAACUUAGUGAAAGGGUACUCCAGAACAAUGGAGUGGUACAGGAGUACAUUGUUAUGAUGCCCUUAGUACAACUUAGGUGGUGCCUGAGCUACAUGUGAUGGUACCACCAGCAGGAUAUUAUGGUGCCUAGGCACAGCUUUAAGGUACUACAGCAUAGUAAUGGUGCCAGAGCUCAGUGUUAUGGUACCACCAGCAGGAUAUUAUGGUGCCUAGGCACAGCUUUAAGGUACUACAGCACAGUAAUGGUGCCUGAGCUCAGUGUUAUGGUACAAACAGCAGGAUGUUAUGGUGCCUUGGCACAGCUUUAAGGUACUACAGCAUAGUAAUGGUGCCUGAGCUCAGUGUUAUGGUACAAACAGCAGGGUGUUAUGGUGCCUAGGCACAGCUUUAAGGUACUACAGCACAGUAAUGGCGCCUGAGUGCAGUGUUAUGGUACCACCAGCAGUACACUGCUGUUAAGAUAAUGACUACUGUUGCCUGCCAGUUUCACCCACCAUGUAUUUUACAACCAAGAAAACAAUGGCAAAAUUUUAUAACUUCAGAUUUCACAGUCGAUAUGUGGUGUGAGACCACUAAUUGUCAACAUGCUAAAGUUCACCAGGGCCCCACUGUUUAUCCUGAACAUGGCAUAAGCACAGGCUCAGUUGAAAGUGGUAUAUGUGAAGGUAUUGAAGUAGUUCAUAUAUCACAUACACCAUAACUGUUCAGGUUUGUACAUCAGAGGGAAUUCAAUGGAAACCUACCAAAAAAAUUUCCGAACUUGAAGCUCAGUAGUGAUGAAGUGUCAAACUGAUUUAUGUUUGAGGUGCAGCGUAAGUAAAGGUUUGGGUAACAAAGGCAGUUAGUGGAAACUUAACAAAUGGGAAAUGGUGAGCUUAAUACCAGUUUUGUCAGACUUGGACUACAAAUAAAGCUGAGUCAUGAUGCUGCAUAUAAACAACUGAACACUGAAUGAUCACAUAUUGCAAUGGCCUUGACCUUAAGUGAUCACGUGACAGGAAGUUAAUGCAAGUAGUCUAAGAUAUUCAAGAACUGCUUUAUAUAAACUGAAAAAAAAA